AUGGCUGCACAGCCCCAGCAAGGUGCUGGCUACCCGACACAACCUCAGCAUGCCAACAACCCGUUUUACGCCCCUGAGGGCAACUCGCCUCUGGAAGGCAACGGAUUCGCACAAAACUAUCGCACCGAUGCCGGCAUGAACGAUGCAUCGGGUAUGUACGACGGCGAUGAAUACGACGGCCAGACGUACAAGGCCGACUCGUACAGCGCCGACUCGCGCAUGUACGGGAACGGCCAGGCGCCCCAAGGCGCCUACCAGCAAGCGCCUCCGGCGGCCUCCUACCGCGAAUCGGUGGCUGCUGUGCGUCAACGCGAGCCGUAUCCGGCGUGGACGGCCGACAAGAACAUCCCGUUGUCGAAGGAAGAAAUCGAAGACGUGUUCAUCGAUCUGGCGAACAAGUUCGGUUUCCAGCGCGAUAACAUGCGUAACAUGUACGAUCAUCUGAUGAUCUUGCUCGACUCGCGUGCGAGCCGUAUGCGGCCGGCGCAGGCCCUGCUUACGCUGCACGCCGACUACAUCGGUGGCGAACACGCCAACUACCGCAAGUGGUACUUUGCCGCGCAGCUCGAUCUCGACGAUGCGAUCGGCAAGGCGCAGAAUCCGGGUCUUGCGCGUGCAGCGAGCAUUGCCAACCGCUCGGGCCAGCCCAAGAGCGGCCCGGCCAAGCUCCUCGGCUCCAAGUCGCUCGAUCAGGCGCAGGGCCGAUGGCGCGAUGCCAUGUUCCGCAUGAGCGACUACGACCGUGUGCGCCAGAUUGCACUCUACCUCAUGUGCUGGGGUGAGGGCAGUCAGCUGCGUUUCGUGCCCGAGUGUCUGUGCUUCAUCUUCAAGUGCGCGGACGACUACUAUCGCUCGCCCGAGUGCCAGAACCGUAUGGAGCCGGUCCCCGAGGGCCUGUACCUGCACUCGGUUGUCAAGCCGCUCUACCGCUUCUUGCGUGAUCAGGUGUUCGAAGUGGUGGACGGCAAGUUCAUCAAGAAGGAACGCGACCACGACCGCACGAUCGGUUACGAUGACGUGAACCAGCUGUUCUGGUACCCCGAGGGUAUCGAGCGCAUCACGCUCAACGAUCGCUCGCGCCUGGUGGACGUGCCGCCGCAGCAGCGCUUUAUGAAGUUCGACAAGAUCGACUGGAACAAGGCGUUCUUCAAGACGUACAAGGAAACGCGUUCGUUCCUGCAUAUCCUCGUCAACUUCAACCGUGUGUGGAUCUUCCACAUUUCGCUGUACUGGUACUUUAUGGCCUACAAUGCGCCCAAGGCCUAUGAGACGGGCCAGCCCUCGCAGGCUGAAAUGCUCAGUGCCUCGGCGCUGGGCGGUGCCGUGUCUUCCUUUCUGAUGAUCCUCGCUACGCUUGCUGAAAUUACCUACCUUCCCACCAGCUGGAACAACACCAACCACUUGAUUCGUCGUUUGGUCUUUAUGGGCGUGUGUCUUGGUGUGACGAUCGCUCCGGCCGUAUACAUCUUUGGCUUCAACAGGGGCACGGGAAACAGCAAGCACAUGAACCACAUUGCCUAUAUUAUCGCGAUCGUGCACAUGUGUGUUUCGUGUGUGAUUACGGCAUUCUUCUCGCUCGUCCCGUCCGGCCGCCUGUUUGGCGACCGUGUGGCUGGCCGCAAGCGCAAGUACCUGGCGAACCAGACCUUUACUGCAUCGUUUGCCAAGAUACCUACGAACCGCCGCUUCUUCUCGAUUCUGCUCUGGGUGCUCGUGUUCGGCUGCAAGCUGACGGAAAGCUACUUCUUCCUGACGCUCUCGCUGCGUGAUCCGUUCGGUGUGCUCGUGACGAUGCGUGUGCAGGACUGCCACGACCGUUACUUUGGCACCGUGCUUUGCUCACUGCAGCCGGCCUUUACGCUUGCGGCGAUCAUGAUCAUGGACCUGUGCCUGUUCUUCCUUGAUACCUUCCUGUGGUACGUUGUCUGGUCCACCGUCUUCUCGCUCGGCUGGGCCUUCUCGAUGGGUCUGUCGGUCUGGACGCCGUGGUCGGACAUCUUCCAGCGUCUGCCCAAGCGCAUCUACUCGAAGCUGCUUGCUACGCAGGACAUGGAGGUCAAGUACAAGCCCAAGGUGCUUGUCUCGCAGGUGUGGAACGCCAUCAUCAUCUCGAUGUACCGUGAGCAUCUCCUGUCGAUCGACCACGUCCAGCGCCUCCUGUACCAUCAGGCUCCGGCCGAGGAUGCGCCGUACAAGCGCACGCUCCGUGCCCCGCCGUUCUUCCUGAACCAGAUGGAUUCGGGCCCCAAGCCCGAGUUCUUCCCCAAGGGUUCCGAGGCCGAGCGUCGUAUCAGCUUCUUUGCGCAGUCGCUCACGACCGCCAUCCCCGAGCCACUGCCUGUGGACGCGAUGCCCACCUUUUCCGUGCUUACACCGCACUACAGCGAAAAGAUUCUUCUUUCGCUGCGUGAGAUUAUUCGCGAGGAGGACCAGAACACGCGUGUGACGCUGCUCGAGUACCUCAAGCAGCUGCACCCGGUCGAGUGGGACAACUUCGUGAAGGACACCAAGAUUCUUGCGGAGGAGACGAGUGGCUUCCCCGGUGCACCGCCCUUUGGUCUGGAAGACGAGAAGGCGGCGGGCAAGGGUGCCAAGACGGAUGACCUGCCCUUCUACUGCAUUGGUUUCAAGUCGGCCGCGCCCGAGUACACGCUGCGUACGCGUAUUUGGUCGUCGCUGCGUGCGCAGACCCUCUACCGUACCGUGUCUGGUUUCAUGAACUACAACAAGGCCAUCAAACUGCUUUACCGUGUCGAGAACCCCGAGGUGGUGCAGCUCUUUGGUGGUAACACGGAGCGUCUGGAGCGUGAGCUGGAGCGCAUGAGCCGUCGCAAGUUCAAGUUUGUGAUCUCUAUGCAGCGCUACUCGCGUUUCAACAAGGAGGAAAUCGAGAACACGGAGUUCUUGCUGCGUGCCUACCCCGAUCUGCUGAUUGCCUACCUGGACGAGGAGCCGUCGCGCAAGGAAGGUGGUGAGUCGCGCUGGUUCUCUGCGCUUGUCGAUGGUCACUCGGAGAUGCUUCCGAGCGGCCGCCGCCGCCCCAAGUUCCGCAUCGAGCUGCCGGGUAACCCGAUUCUCGGUGACGGUAAGGCCGACAACCAGAACCACGCGAUCAUCUUCACGCGUGGCGAGUACCUCCAGCUGAUUGACGCCAACCAGGACAACUACCUGGAAGAGUGUCUCAAGAUCCGCAAUGUCCUGGCCGAAUUCGAAGCGAUCGACACCCCGAGCGAGAACCCCUACGGUCCUCACUACCGCGAGUUUGAAAAGGCCAAGGUCGCCAUUGUUGGUUCGAGGGAGUACAUUUUCUCGGAGAACAUUGGUAUCCUUGGUGACGUUGCUGCCGGUAAGGAGCAGACGUUCGGUACGCUCGCUGGUCGUGGUCUCGCACAGAUUGGCGGCAAGUUCCACUACGGCCACCCCGACUUUUUGAACUCGACGUACAUGACGACGCGUGGCGGUGUCUCCAAGGCGCAGAAGGGUCUGCAUCUGAACGAGGAUAUCUACGCUGGUAUUAUGGUCUUCUGCCGUGGCGCUCGCAUUAAGCACUGCGAGUACUACCAGUGUGGUAAGGGUCGUGACCUUGGUUUCGGUACCAUUCUCAACUUCAUUACCAAGUUGGGUAACGGUAUGGGUGAGCAGAUUCUCUCGCGUGAGUACUACUACCUCGGUACGCAGCUCCCGGUGGAUCGCUUCCUUACGUUCUACUAUGGUCACCCCGGUUUCCACAUCAACAACAUCAUGGUCAUCUUUGCGGUGCACAUGUUCAUGUUUGCGCUGAUGUUCAUCGGUUCGCUCUACUCCUCGCUCGAAGUGUGCCCCGACACGGGCAGUGAGUUCAUUCUUGGCUCGGGCACUUGCUACUACCUGAACCCCGUCAUCUACUGGGUGCAACGUACGGUCAUCAGUAUUCUGUUGGUGUUCAUGAUCGCCUUCCUGCCGCUCUUCCUGCAAGAGCUGUCGGAGCGUGGUGCGAUCUCUGCGUUUGUGCGUCUCUUUAAGCAGUUCGCUUCGCUCAGCCCGCUGUUUGAGAUCUUCACGACGCAGAUCUACUCGCACUCGAUCAUUACCAACUUGACGUUUGGUGGUGCCCGCUACAUUGCCACUGGCCGUGGUUUCGCCACUACUCGCCAGACCUUCGCCCUACUCUACAGCCGUUUCGCCGGUCCGUCGAUCUACUCGGGUAUGCGCGCAUUGCUCAUGUGCUUCUACGCGACGCUCGCCGUGUGGAUGCCCCAUCUGAUCUACUUCUGGAUCAGCUUGGUUGCGCUGUGUGUCGCUCCGUUCCUGUUCAACCCCCACGAGUUCUCGUUCUCGGACUUCGUCAUCGACUACCGCGAAUUCCUGCGCUGGAUGGCGCGUGGUAACAGCCGCUCGCACGCCAACUCGUGGAUCGGUUACUGUCGUCUGAGCCGUACGCGCAUCACGGGCUUCAAGAAGAAGCGCCUGGGUCACCCUUCGGAGAAGCUGACCAACGAUGUUCCGCGCGCUGGUCUGAAGACGAUUGUGAUGCACGAGGUCAUUGUGCCGAUCUGCAUUGCGGUCAUUUUCUCGGUGUGCUACUGCUUCGUGAAAAGCUUCCCCGCCCUGCCCGACUCGGACGCGCGCCGUGGCGACGUUCAGGGCGGUAUUGUGCGCCUGGCCAUCAUCUCGCUCGUGCCGAUCGCCUGGAAUGCCGCCGUGCUUCUGGUGCUGUUCCUGACGAGUCUGUUCUUCGGCCCCGCGCUCAACUCGUGCUGCGCCAAGUUCGGCAGUGUGAUUGCCGCGAUUGCCCAUCUCCUCUCUGUUGCCGGUAUUCUCGCCAUCUUCGAGUUCCUGUGGUACAUUGAGUACUACAACACGGCCAACACGGUCUUGGGUAUUCUUGCGAUGAUUGCGAUUCAGCGCGCUAUUUUCAAGAUCCUCAUCGCCCUGGUCAUCUCGCGUGAGCUGAAGCACGACGAGACGAACCGUGCGUGGUGGACGGGUCGCUGGUACGGCCGUGGCCUCGGUGGCCACGCCUUCAGCCAGCCGGCGCGUGAAUACAUCGUCAAGAUUAUCGAGAUGUCGCUCUUCUCGGCAGACUUCAUCACGGCUCAUCUGCUGCUCUUUGCGCUGUCGAUCCCGUUGCUGGUGCCGUACGUGGACCGCUUCCACUCUACGGCGCUCUUCUGGCUGCGUCCUUCGAAGCAGAUCCAUGCACCGAUCUACUCGCUCCGCCAGCGCGCGCAGCGUCGCUCGAUCGUGAUGCGCUACUCGGUCGUGUUUGUCUUUGCCUGGGUGGUGUUCCUGGCCCUGAUUCUGGUGCCGAUCAUCAUCGCCUCGACGGUGAACGCAGACACGAAGGACACCAUGUGCUCCUUCUGCUCGACGCUCUAA